UCUGUUGACAGUGCAGCAUCGACUCGAGGCGAGCUCAUUAUUCCACCUUGGCUCUGUCAAUGAUCACAAGGUUACGACCGGAUUGACAUCAACAAUCAAACGUGACCGUGACUCCCAAAUGUUGGAAAGACAACAGACCUGCACAAUUAUUCAUCCCCAACAAUCAAAAAUAAUAACACGAAAAGAUCAGGUGGUCCUGAUUCUGAUUAAUCAAUGGAUUGACAACUCCAGACAGAAAUCAUGAGGACUCUGGAGAGUAAAGUGGUGGUCCUGGGGUCCCAGGGGGUCGGAAAAACUAGUAUGAUAAAGAGAUACGCAGGGGAUGAUCUCAAUCGGCCGAGUCCCACGGUUGGUGCGUCAUUCUUCACCUGUAGGAUAAAUCUUCAGGAUGUUAGGGUGAAAUUGCAAGUGUGGGACACAGCGGGACAGGAAAGAUUCAGAUCUAUGGCACCGAUGUACUACAGGCACGCAAAUGCUGCUGUUCUUGUUUUCGAUAUCACACAGUAUAAAACAUUUACAGCGAUAAAGACUUGGGUGAAUGAGUUGAAGAGAAAUAUUGAGGAGCCUAUGGUGCUUGUACUUGUGGGGAAUAAAUGCGAUUUGGCUGAAGAGAGGAGUGUUGACCCCGAGGAGGGAAGAACGUAUGCGACAAUUAUCGGUGCCUCUUAUCACGAGACCUCCGCCUUGCACGACGAGGGGAUUGGAAAAGUAUUCUUGACUAUUGCUUGUGAACUUUUGAGCAGAUUAACUGACGGAAAAACGGAGUCACCACAUCUGCGUGUCCAGGAUUCCCCGAGUUCUGGGUUCGGUAGUUCAGAUUCGGAGUAUCCUCUGACACCAUCUAGUGAGGAGAGCCUCGCGAAUGCGUCAAUUGCACACGGAAUCCACGAGAAACCACCGGCUUGUUGUUAACUCUCUCCCAAAAUUCAAGAUCUACUCCGAUUACUUGUACAUUACUAGACCUAAGUAUUCGAGACUCAGACUAUUACAGAGAAAAAUUUGUU